AUGUCGAAGAAAAGUAAGAGGAUUAAGAAGAGAAUAAACUCAUCGAUCGAUGAUAAAUACAUAGAUUCCUACGUAAACAAGGAUAAGCAACUGAAACCGGAAUCAUUGUUUAAAUAUGACAUAAUAGGAAAGUUAUCGUUAAAGGAACCGAAAUCGAUUGAAACAAGGAAAUCGAAACACUUUAAAAUUAAAAACAGCCCGGAAGUAGCGAAACUGAAGAAGCUGAAGAGGAAAUUGCUGUUAAGCGAUAAGAUGUUGAUAGAUGCAGAUUCCACAGCAGAUGCCAUAAACAUUGAUGCAGAUGUUGAUGAUAUUUGGAACGACGCUAUUUAUGAAGAUGGCGGAAAGAAGAUCAAUAAAAUUAAAAAUAUAAAUCAACUAAUACCGGCAGUUGAAAUGCCGCACCCUGGUCAGAGUUAUAACCCGAAGCCGGACGAUUAUGUGUCACUAAUCAACCACAGCGUGAACAUAAUCAAUUUAAGCAAAAAGGACGAAAUCGCAGAUGGAAAAUUGCUCAACACACACAAAAAUAUAUUCGAAAGAGCAUCAGCAUUGAAAUCGGAGAAUGUGGAUGACGAUCAAGUCAAAGAGUUGGAGUCAACGAACGACACAGAUGAGUUGGAAGAUGAGGUGAUGGAAGGCAAGAAGGUUCAAAAAAGAAAGUCUAGAACGGAAAGAAAUAAAUUAAAGGCGCUCAAAGAAGAAAAUAGAAAGAAGAUGGUGAUUAAAAGCAUUAAGAAGUUGAAAAAUGACGUCGACCACAUAAAGAAGUUGAAUACCGCAAUAAAGAAACUGGACUCGAGCAGUAAACAUGGAGAUGAUGUCAAAAAAUUCAAAAGAUACCUAAAUAGAUUGAUUUCUGGCGAGAUUCCUACGAAAAUUGGGAAUAAAAAGUUUUACAAAGAUCCCCCGGAGGUGAUUCUAAAUGAAGAAAUAAUAAGUGAAAAGAAGGAUGAGAAGGAAGAAAGUGCAGAUGAUAAGGCACCAAAAAAUAUAUCAAUCAAGAAUAUCCAAAAUGUUGAUGAGAAUCCGGUCAAAAACGUGUACAAAUCAAUAUACAGAAGAGGGCUUCUUCCGCCGCCGCCAACGCUCAAUUCGAGAUAUAAGAACCUGGUAAAAAGACUGUACAAUAGAAGAUACAUCUACAAGAGCGUGUUAUCUAGCUCAUGA